UUCUAUAGCCGCCCCAGCUCUAUCAGUCAAAUCCCUCGUGUACUGUACAUACCCCACGCCUCCCCCCUCCUUGUUGUAUAAAACCAGCCCCUCCUCUCUCUCAUUUUCAUGCCUUCUUCCUUUGGAAAACAAAAGAAAAAUUAACAAAGCCCACUACGAGUUUUUUCCUUUAAUUAAUGGCACCGAGAGAGAAGACGGGGCCCGUUAAAGUUAACGGCGGCACGUGUGGUGGUGCUGGUGGAGGAGGCAAGGAGGUGCAUUUUAGAGGUGUGAGAAAGAGGCCAUGGGGAAGAUACGCCGCCGAGAUAAGAGACCCUGGCAAGAAGAGCCGGGUUUGGCUUGGCACUUUCGACACCGCAGAGGAAGCCGCACGUGCCUACGAUGCUGCCGCACGUGAGUUCCGUGGUUCUAAGGCGAAAACCAACUUUGCUUACCUAUCAUACGAGAAUGUCAGGAAAAACACUAUCUCUGUGGACAGCAACCAUAAAGCAUCUAACAAGAAUAGCAGUUGCGGCGGCGGCGGCGGCGGCGGCAAUAGUAAUAACAAUCAGAGUCCAAGUCAAAGCAGUACCGUGGAGUUUUCCAGCAGUGAUACACCGUUGGAGCUUAAUCUCGGUCCUGCUGUAUCCACCGUGAGAUUGCCGUUUCAGCCGAUGGUGAUGAAUCAUCAGCAGGUGAUUUAUUUUGAUGCAGUGAUGAAGAGUCAGUGCCAAAAGACGGUUUUUGAUAAUGGGUAUCAUCAUCAUCAUCAUCAUCAUCCUAACCAGCCGAUGGGUUUUUCUUGUGGUGGAAUCCAAUGUGGUUCUGAUUCACCCUCUAUCGUCUUUGAUUUGAAUCAUCAAGAUAUCAAGACGCCAAGAAGUUCUGUUAAUCUUGAUCUUAAUCUUAACCUUCCUCCCCCACCGGAGAUUGCAUGAUUUUUCAGAAAUUUAUUUGCCUUUUUAUUCUUACAUUAGAAAAGAUUAGAGAUCAACACCCCCCAAAAAGAGAGGUUUAUCGUGUGAUCUGUUAGUUUUUUUUCUUACUUUCACGAAUGUGAAUACGUAUUAGCAGAUCUCUUUUUGCAGCACGAAGAAAUUCUGUUUCUUUCCUGUUGUUUGAUGAAAAUCACUGUAUUCCUUUUUUACUUAAUGUUUUUUAAUCAAUGGAUUAUAAACUUAAUUUCC